AUGGCCGUUUUGCACCCUUCGAUCGCGAUCUUCGUCGCGCAUAUCAUUCUUUUGCUUGGCCUGCCCGCUACUUUGGUCGCGGCUGUGCCCCUGAACGUCCCCGUGACCCCUAUCAACAAUGUGCUGGCCACGACUGAAAAGAGAUCUCCUGCGUCGAGCUACUGGGUAGGCAACGUCGAGCGCCAGGGAAUCGUUCCAUUCGGCAAAAGCCCCGACUACAAGAUUUUCCGCAAUGUGAAGGAGUUCGGUGCCAAGGGUGACGGAUCUACCGAUGACACUGCUGCUAUCAACAAGGCGAUCUCCUCUGGUGGUCGCUGUGGCAAGGGGUGUGACUCCUCUACUACCACUCCCGCCAUCGUCUAUUUCCCGCCCGGUACUUAUGUUGUAUCCAAGCCUAUUCAGCAGUAUUACUACACGCAGAUCGUCGGUGAUGCUGUCGAGCUGCCCGUCAUCAAGGCCUCGCCCAAGUUCGCUGGUAUGGCAGUGAUUGACUCCGAUCCUUACGAGGAUAAUGGCGAUAACUGGUUCACCAACCAGAACAACUUCUUCCGUGCCAUUCGCAACUUGGUCAUUGAUCUCACCGGCAUGCCUCAAGGCUCUGGUGCUGGUAUCCACUGGCAGGUUGGCCAGGCUACUAGCUUGCAGAACAUCCGCUUUGAGAUGGUCAAGGGCGGUGGUGAAGCCAACAGGCAACAGGGCGUCUUCAUGGACAACGGCUCCGGUGGUUUCAUGUCUGACUUGACCUUCAACGGCGGUAACUACGGCAUGUUCCUCGGUAACCAGCAGUUCACCACCCGUAACUUGGUAUUCAAUGACUGCCAGACUGCUAUCUUCAUGAACUGGAACUGGGCUUGGACUUUCAAGUCCGUUAAGAUCAACAAUUGCGAGGUUGGCUUGAAUAUGUCUAAUGCGCCCUCCAACCAGACUGUUGGUUCCGUGUUGAUGCUGGACAGCAAGCUCACCAACACCCCUAUUGGUAUCGUCACUGCUUGGACUCAGAAGAGCAUCCCCAUUGGUGGUGGUGAUCUCGUUUUGGACAACGUCGAUUUCUCCGGCUCCAAGGUCGCUGUCGCAGGUGUUGACGGAAACACCAUCCUCGCUGGUGGAUCCAUUGUUCACAACUGGGUUCAGGGCAACACCUACACUCCCUCUAAGACUAUCCACAAGCGGGCUAGCGAGUCCGAGCCCGAGAUAUUUACUGUUGUUGAAACUGUCACGGAGACUAUGCUUGCCUGCCCUGCCUCCCACGGCCUUCCCAGUGCUAGUGGCAUGGGCAGCGAAGUUCCUGCACCUGCACGGACUGCCACCUCUGGUUCUGCUUCUCCCCCAUCGCCCGCCCCGGGACCUGGUGAAAGCCAUGUUGUCGCAUCUCCGGUCCCCGUGAAUAGCGCCGACACGUAUCGCUCUGCUAUCCCCUCUCUUGGCCAAAUUCCCGCAUUGGACAACGUCCUUUCCAUGAUUGGAGGUUCUGCUCAGGAUUCUGAAGUGGCAGCACCUACCCCUGCGCCUGGCCCCUCUACAGACGCUCCUCUUAUCUCUGCUGUGCCCAUUGGGUCUUUGCACUCGGGCGCUGUUUCUGUUCACCAGCCAGCCAUCCCUGCCACCUUCAGCGCUGCGCCUCCCCAAAGUACUAUCGGCGGGUUUGGAAUGGGCCACGGCUCACACCCCGGUGGUGGCAGCAGCAGCCCCAGCACUUGCGGUCCUCACCACGCGGUUACCUCUGCUCGCACCCAGAGUGCCAUCAAAACUUCUUCCAAGCCUGCUAGCCUCCUCAAGGAUGGUGCUAUCUUCGAGCGUUCCAAGCCUUUGUACACGGAUGUUCAAGCCUCCUCGUUCAUUAGCGUCAAGUCUGCUGGUGCCAAGGGUGAUGGAAUUGCUGAUGACACGGCAGCCAUCCAAAAGGUAUUUGACAGCUACAAGGACGGCCAGGUUAUCUACUUCGAUCACGGUGCCUAUGUCAUCACCUCCACCAUCAAGGUUCCCAAGAAUAUCAAGAUCACCGGUGAAAUUUGGCCCAUGCUCAUGGCCCACGGCAAGCAGUUUGCCGACCAGGAGAAUCCCGUUCCCCUCUUCCAGGUUGGUCAGAAGGGCGAGACUGGUUCCGUCGAGAUGAGUGACCUCAUCAUCACUACCAAGGGUCCCGCCCCUGGUGCCAUUCUCAUGGAGUGGAAUCUCGCUGGUUCUUCCCAGGGCUCCACUGGUAUGUGGGAUGUUCACUUCCGUAUCGGUGGCGCAGCUGGCACCGAGCUCCAGAGCGACACCUGCCCCAAGACCCCCAAGCAGGAUACAACCCCCAAGAAGGAGUGCAUGGCUGCCUUCAUGCUGCUGUACAUUACCAAGACGGGCAGCGUUUACCUCGAGAACACAUGGUUCUGGACUGCUGACCACGAGCUUGAUCUGAAGGAUCACAACCAGAUCAAUGUCUACACCGGCCGCGGUGUGCUCAUUGAGUCUCAGAAUCCUGUCUGGCUGUGGGGUACUUCCUCGGAGCACCACCAGCUCUACAACUACCAGGUUUCCAGCGCUAAGAAUGUCUUCAUGGGUCUUAUCCAGACCGAGACUCCCUACUAUCAAUCCAACCCCACUGCGCUGGUUCCUUACACCCCACAAGACUCGUGGAACGAUCCCACUUUCGCCAACUGCAAGACCAAUUCCUGCCGCAAGGCUUGGGGUCUGCGUGUCCUCGGCUCUUCAGACGUCUACGUCUACGGCGCCGGUCUUUACAGCUUCUUCGAGAACUAUGCCCAGUCCUGCCUCAACUCCGAGGAUUGCCAGGAGAAUAUGGUCGAGGUCGACUGCUCGGAUGUCAAGCUGUACGGUCUCAGCACCAAGGCUUCCGUGAACAUGGUUACUUCUUCUCAUGGCAAGCCUUUGGUUCACGAGAGGCCGAACAAGAGCAACUUCUGCUCGACUAUCGCUCUCUUUGAGCAAUCGAUUUAG